GGGGGUGGGGUCACAAUGAGGGGAUCCCCCUCCCAGAACUGGGGGGAGAACCCAGGAGUCCUGGCUCCCAGCCCCGCUCCCCGCCCAGGGAGGGGCCGGGCUCUGGGGGUGGGGUCUGACUCCGGAUUAUGUCACAGUCUCUGCAGCCGCAGUGGGGAGCGGAGCGGCUCGGGCGCAGGUGCACGGAGCGACCCAGGCGCCCCCAGCCAGCGCGGCCGGAUUGAGCGGCCCCAGCCGGCGGGGAGGAUGGCUCCCACGUGGGGCCGGCUGCUCCGGCUCUGGCCUCUCCUGCUGGGCCUGGCCCAGGCCCUCACCAUCCCCAAGGAGUAUGAGAUGCACAACCUGAGGCAGCCCCCAGAGAUGACUGAGCAGCUCGUGGAGAAGCUGGUCGUGUUCCCCAGCGACGACAUUGUCCUGCGGUGCGAGGCCACCGGGAACCCCCCUGUCACGUUCCGCUGGACGAAGGAUGGGCACUGGUUCGACCCGCGCCGGGAGGCCGGGGUGACGGUCAUCGAGGGCUCAGGGACGCUGUACAUCGUCAACAGCAACGCGGGGUGGUACCAGGGCGUGUAUCGGUGUUAUGCCAGCAAUGAGCUGGGCACGGCCAUGGGCCCCGAGAUCCAAGUCAUCGCUGACAGUACCCCCCAGUGGCCCAAGGAGAAGGUGUCGCCGGUGGAAGUGGAGGAAGGGGAAUCCGUGGUCCUGCCCUGCAACCCCCCCGCCAGCGCCAUGCCCCCCAAAAUCUACUGGCUAAACAGCCGGAUCGUGCACAUCGCGCAGGACGAGCGGGUCACCGUGGGGCAGGACGGGUACUUGUACUUCGCCAACGUGCGGGGCUCGGACAGUCACCCCGACUACAUCUGCCACGCACACUACCUGGGCCCCCGCACCAUCAUCCAGAAGGAGCCACUCGAGCUGCGGGUCCGGCCCACCAACUCAGUGAAGUUUCGCCAGCCCCGGCUCAUGAUGCCACCUGGGGAGACCAGCUCCCACCUCGCCCUGCGGGGGUCCAGCCUGGCCCUGGAGUGCAUCGCGGAGGGCUUCCCUACGCCCACUGUGGAGUGGGUCCGUCUGAACGGCCGCCUGCCCGCGGAGCGUGUGGCCCUGGAGAACUCCCGGAAAACCCUGCGGAUCCGGGACGUGGUGGAGGAGGACGACGGGGAGUAUCAGUGUAUCGCCCGCAACACCCAGGGCACCACCCGUCACAGCUACACCGUCACCGUGGAAGCUGCCCCCUACUGGGCUCAGAAGCCCCACAGCCGGGUGUACGGCCCCGGGGAGAACGUUCGGCUCGACUGCUCCGUCUACGGGAAACCCAAACCCCUGGUGUCCUGGAGGAUCAACGGCGUCCCCUGGGCAGAGCUGCAGCCAGACCCGGCACGGACGCUGCGCUCGGGGGCCCUGAUCCUGAGCCAGGUGACGCCCAACGACUCGCUGGUGGCGCAGUGCGAGGCCAUGAACCACCAUGGCCGCCUGCUGGCCAACGCCUACGUCUACGUCAUCCAGCUCCCAGUGAAGAUCCUGACCCCGGACGAGCAACGCUACACCGUGGUGGAGAACCAGACGGCGUCUCUGCACUGCCAGACCUUCGGGGCGCCCGUGCCCAGCGUGGACUGGUUCACGAGCAGUUGGAAGCGCUGCGACGAACGCGCCUUCGGCACCACACAACGGCACCUUGCGGCUGAGCCAGGACCCAGCGCCAGGACACCGGUGCCUACGUGUGCCUGGCCCAGAACGACCAGAACAAUGUCACCUCCGCGCCUGGUCGAGGUCAAAGCUGCGACACGGAUCGAGCUGGGCCCCCAAAGCGCCGUGGUGAAGAAAUCCAGCAACGUGACCUUCCAGUGCCUGGCGCGGUUCGACGAGACGCUGCAGGAACACGGGGUCGAGUGGCGGCGGGACGGGCACCCCAUCCAAGAGUCAGACGACAGCGACAAGUACACCAUCGAGCCCGGCUGGCUGCGGAUUUCCAGCGUGGACUACCCAGACCAGGGCGUGUACAGCUGCCGAGCCCACACGGUGCUGGACGCGGUGGAGGAAAGCGCCGAGCUGCGGGUGGUGGGCCGCCCCGGGCCGGUGUCGGAGCUGCAGGUGUCGGAGCAGCAGGAGCACCGGGUGAAGCUGAGCUGGACCCCAGGGGACGAUCACAACAGCCCCGUUGAGAAGUUCGUGGUGGAGGCAGAGGACGGGCUCCGGGACCCCGGCACCUGGCGGGACGUCAGCACCGUCCCGGCCACCAGCCCUGGGCCCGGCUGCACCUGGCCCCCUACGGCGAGUUUCGGUUUCCGUCCGCGCGGCCAAUCGGUACGGACGGGGGCGAGCCCAGCGCCACCUACACCCCUGUUCACACAGCCAGGCGGCCCUGAGCGCUACCCGAAGGGGUGGGGCGAAGGAACGAGACCAGCAACAUGCUCAUCACCUGGAAGCAUCCCGCACCCUGGCCACAGCCUGUUUGGCUCGCGCUCCCCGUCAGCCUCUGCCUGGCCCUACGGCUUUGCCGGGCCCCUGACCAUGGCUAUGGCGUGUCACCCUCCGGGGAGGCCCCUGAACAAGUCGGACUGGAACGCCCCCGAGCUGAGCUACCGGGUGCAGUGGAGGCGGCUGGGCCUAGAGGAGCGCUGGAGUGAGGAGACAGUCAGCGCCCCCCCCCUUGCUGGUAACGGAACCCCCACCUUUGUGCCCUACGAAAUCAAGGUGCAGGCCGUGAACCCCACUGGCAAGGGGCCCGAGCCCCCCACCGUGGUGGGGUACUCCGGAGAGGACGUGCCCCUGGUGAACCCCGAGAACGUGGGGGUGGAACUAUUCAACAGCACCAGUGUCCUCGUCAGCUGGAGCCUGCCCAACAGAGACAAGCUGCGGGGUCACCUCCGGGGGUUCAGGGUGUUUUACUGGCGGCUGGGCAGUGUGGGGGAGCGGAACCGGCGCCAGGCCCGGGCCCAGCUGCUGGUGCUGACGCUGGAGGGGGAGGUGUUGCAGGCCAGGCUGGGGGGGCUGCGCCCCUGGAGCUUGUACCGCCUCUACGUUGUCGUGUUUAACGGGCACAGCGAUGGGCCCCACAGUGAGGACGUUGACUUCAGCACCCCCGAGGGAGUGCCCAGCCCCCCCGGCUCGCUGCUCCUGGAGCGGGUGUCGGACACGGCGCUGGCUCUGGAGUGACGCCCCCCGGUUCCCAAUGGGGCGCUGACCGAGUACCUGCUGCAGUACCGGCAGGUGAACGGGUCGGAGCUGGGCCCCCUGCACGAAAUGUCCAUCCCGUCUCCCAGCGGACGUGAGCUGGCCCGGCUGGACCCGGGGCAGGUACGGUUCCACCUGCGGGCGCUGACCCGGGCCGGCCAGGGCGAGCCGCUGGUGCAGGAGGGUGGCACCGUGCCAGAGCCAGUGCUCCCCACUUUGGACAACAUCAGCAUCUCGGGGUGGGGCCUGAUUUCACCGUCAUCACCUGGGUCCGAGCGGCACCAGGCCAACGUGGAGUUCGAGAUUCAGUUCAUGAGCAAGACCACGGCCGAGCCCUGGCGAACUUCCGGCCAGGCGAACUCCACCCACGGCUCCUACCGGCUCCUCAACCUGCGACCCGGCACCUCCUACCGCGUCCAGUUCGUGGGGCGCGACCCCUCAGGGGGCAACGUCUCCUUCUGGGAGAGCGAGGUGGAGACCGACGGCAAGCUGCUGACGACCGACCAGCGCAGCUUUGCCACCGAGGGCUGGUUCAUCGGCUUCAUCUGUGCUGUGGUCCUGCUGCUGCUGGUCCUGCUGACCCUCUGCUUCCUCAAGCGCAGCAAGGGAGGGAAGUACUCGGUGAAGGACAAGGAGGACACGCAGGUCGACUCUGAAGCUCGACCCAUGAAGGACGAGACAUUCGGGGAGUACAGAUCCCUGGAGAGCGAGAAGGAGGAGAAGCCGUUCGGCAGCAGCCAGCCCUCGCUCGACGGGGCCGUCCCGGCGCUGGGCAGUGACGACAGCCUGGCCGACUACGGGGGCAGCGACGACGUGCAGUUCAACGAGGACGGAUCCUUCAUCGGCCAGUACAGCAGCCACACGGGCAAGGAGGCGGCCAGCAAUGACAGCUCGGGGGCCACCAGCCCCACCAAUGCCACGGCCGCCCUGGAGUAGGGGCGACCCAGAGCCCCCCUUGGGGAAUAGGGGAGCCCCUUCCUGCCCCGUGGGGAUUGGGGGGCUGUACCCCCACCUCCUCCCCCAUCCCCAAAUCACGGAGGGGGAAUUCCUGUUAGCUUCCCCCCUCCUGCCCCCAGUACAUUAGGGGGGUAAUUUAAGGGGAUCCUGCCUUAGCUCCCCCAAAUGUCAAUACCCCCCCAAACAGGGAAGCUGGAAUUUUCUCUCCACUCCCCUCCCCGAAGCAUCAUUUAUCUUCUGCAUGUGACGGGCCAAAACAUUUGGGGGAGGUGAGGGAUUAAUGGGGUGAGGGGCUGGAAGGGGGCAGGGCUGGGGGGCUCUGUACCCAGGAUUAAUAUUUGCCAAAAAAUAGACCCUCCCCCCGCAUCUCUCCAUGUUUUAAUCAUUCUGGGCUCAGCCUCUGCCCUGCCCCUGGGAGUGAGACCAAGAAGUCAAGGCGGGGGCAGGAAGCCCGGACUCCUGGGUUCCAUCCCUAGCCCUUUCCCCAUGUUUAGGCCAGUUGGCUUCCUUUAAGCUGGGGGCGUAGGGGGGACUGACCAUUUCCCCCUAAUUCUGCUCAGUUCCCUCCCCCACUUCCUUUGCAUAUAAUGGGGGGGGGCUGUUCAUACCUCACCAGGGUCCUGGGAUUCCCCUGCCCCUCCCUUGCCAAUGCUGAGAGCUCCCCACAGGAGGGUUCCCCGCCCCCCCCACAAAUUCACCUCUGCCACCCACUCCCUGGACUCUCUGCGGGGGGCCGGCAUCACCAUUUCACCCCCUCGAAAGGGAACUGCCCCGCCCCGCUUUUCUCACACAGCUGCCUUUGCAACCACCUUUCUCAAGCCAAGUGGCCUCUUGUUCUCUCUGUGCCCCCCCCCGGAUCUCCCCUCCCCAUCCUCCAUCAGGGUCUCAGCUUUGCUGUGUGUCCCCCUGACCCCCCCUUUUUUUUGCAUAAAACAGAUUUUAAAAAACAUUUUAAAAUGCCCCCCCCGGCUGGGUGGCGACCUGGCCGGGAGCUGCCCUGUGUAGAUAGGUGCCCCCCCUGUUCGCUGGGUCGUCGUGUAGCCGUGGUCUGGGGCCUGCUGUGUGCUGUGGGGUAGUCGUGGCUUCGCGUUCCAUAUUCAACAAGAAAAGGGGAAAAAAACUUUAUAAAAAAGUCCCCUCCCAAAAUCCCAUCCCUGGGGCCCGCUAAGGCCAUGCGGCCCCCCACCCCCACCCCGUGUCCUCCCCCUCGUCGGCUGUCACUAGCGUCUUGAUUGAUGGCUUUUUUAUAUCUAUACUGUACAGACCGAACCGAGUUCGAAACCUGGUGGAAUAAAACCUGAAACCUGG